AUCACCUCCCCCUCGCAGUCAGUGACCCCCCAGCCCCGGCGGCAGCUCAGCGGGCAGGUGGUCAGCCGCUCGGCCCCGCUGGAGCCCCCCCAGUCCCGCAGCACCCCAAUAUGGCAGCCACAGGUGGGCGGAGCCUACAGGGAGUCAGGGACCCCCGUGGUCUCCAGCGUGGGUGAGCGGCCCCAAAUCCCGGAGGUUUUACCCCAAAACGCUGCCUCAAGCCCCGCCCACUCGGCAGCAAGCCCCACCCCUCGGGUCCCCAAGCCCCUCCUGCUGCUCCAAGCUCCACCCCUUGAUUCAAAGCCCCUCCCCUCAGCUCAAGCCCCUCCCCUCAACUCCAAGCUCCUCCCCUCAGAUCAAGCCCCUCCCCUCAACUCCAAGCCCCACCCCUUAGCUCCAAGCCCCUCCCCUCAGAUCAAGCCCCACCCCUUGUCUCUAAGCCCCUCCUCUGAAAUCAAGUCCCACCCCUUGGCUCCAAGCCCCUCCCCUCAAAUCAAGCCCCGCCCCCUGGCUUUCAGCCCUGCCCCUUCAUUACCUUCAUUACUUUCUCCUAAUGACUCUUUCU